GACUGACCAAUGCAUAUCAUAACAAAUUAGUAUAAAAACUCGACGUUUUGUUGACAUGGACAUCAUUUAGUGUCCCAACUCUCCAGCAACAAUGAAGGUAGCCGUAUUCGCUCUUAUCGCUCUCGCCUCAAUGGCGAGCGCUUCCAUCUACGACGUGUUGGAGGGACACACUGGUCACGGUGCCGGUUACGGAACUGGAUACCCCUACAUCCACCCCAUUGUCGCUGCACGCUACGGAGCCUAUCCCCACGUCUACGGAGCAUACCCCCAUGUCUACGGAGACUACCCCCACCACGUCUACGGCGCCUAUCCCCACGUUUACGGAGGAAUUGACAAAGUUGUUGUUCCCUACGUUCAUGCCGGCAGCUCCAGGCCCAGCACGAACUUACCCAGGAACACGAAUUGCAGCACGAACACAACCUCCAGCACCAGCAGGAACUGGAACACCAACAGGCUCUGACCCGUGAACACCACUUGGAACAGAUCCAGCUGUUGCAGCACCAACAGCAACUGCAGAACCAGCAGCAGCUCCAGCAGCAACAGACCCUCCAACAACAGCACCUCCAACAGCAACACAUCUUGGAACACCAACAGUACGAUGACGAAACCUACAACGGUGCUGCCGGUAUUGUAGGACAUGUCGGUGUUGUGCCCACCUGGAGAUACGGAGCUUACGGAGGUGUCCACCACUACCCAUCAACCCACCAUUACUACCCUACUGUGUACUAAGAAGUUAAUAUGCCAUGUACAUAUAUUUUGAGAACGAUAUUUAAUAAAAAAAA